AGAAAAAUGUCUAAAAUUGCAGAAGUAAAUAAUGAAGCAAACGAGAGAACAAUUUACGCCUAUCAACAUCCAUUCAGCAGGUUUUAUUCAAAAAUAACAUUCUAUUGGUUAACGUCGGUACUGCGUAUCGGAUAUGUUUCAACGUUGGAAACUCCACAUUUUGGACAAUUACCUGACUCUGAAAAAUCCUCAGCUCAAUUCGAAAAACUCGACGAAAUAUUUCAUUCGGAGAAAGCAAAAACAGCGAAAAACGAGUGCAAAGUUAGCUUAUGGAGGUGUUUUGCCAAAGGAUAUUGGAAAACUUUUGUGUUAGGUGGGAUAUUGAAGCUGAUUGGUGAUAUGGCUGGAUUCAUUCCACCGUUGGGUAUUUCUGUGGUGGUUCGUUACAUUGAGAUGAUCCAAACCGCUGAGACCAAGAGCACAAAUGAGUUUCGUUACAUCAAAUGGAAUGAAUUCAUAAAUAAUGGUUACGUUAUGGCUGUGAUAGUAUUUAUAGCUAUAUUGACUCAGGGAACACUAUCUCAAAAUAGUACUCAUAUCAUAAACGUUGAAGGAAUUCGACUGAAGAACGCUUUGCAAGGAUUAAUUUAUCGAAAAUUAUUGAAAAUUCGUAAAAAUGAAAUACAGUGUCAAAACAACAAUUGUGAUAAUAUUGGGUAUAUAACGAAUCUAACAACUGAGGAUUCAUACAAUAUUAUGUCCUGUUUUUGGAUCGGCCAUUAUGUGUGGGCUAUUCCACUGAAGAUAGUAUUGUUGAUUUAUUUACUAUUUCAAGAAAUCGGAAUCAGCGCUGUGAUUGGUUCAGUCGCUUGUAUCAUUUUGAUGUUAUUCUUGCAACUGAUAAUAGGCAAACGGAUGUCAAAGAAUUAUAAAUUGAUUUCGGAAUGGAGUGAUAAGAGAUUGAGAAGGAUAAACGAAGUUCUUCAAGGUAUUCGAUUCAUCAAGCUAUCAUGUUGGGAACAUAUUUUUACAGAGGAGAUAUCAAAUCUGAGGGAAAACGAGUUGAAGUAUUUGAAUACAGAUUCUAUUCAUUGGGCCAAUAUUACAUUCUUGGCAAAUACAUCAUCCAUCAUAAUAGCUGUGGUUACAUUAGUUCUUUAUCAAAUUUUGGAAAAAUCGCCCAUAGCUCUGAGUUCGCUGUUCACAAGCUUAGCUCUAUUUAAUCAAUUGACGGUUCCUCUUUUUAUAUUCCCAGUCAUGGUACCAAUUAUGAUUUCGGCCGUGGUAAGCAUCAAAAGAAUAGAGAAUUUUCUGUCCUUACCUGAAAUGAAAAUUGACAUCGGUCAUGAUCGAGAUGAAAAAAAAUCAAAGGAAAAGUACAAUCAUCAAAAUGAAAGUAUUGAUGAAACAUUCAAGAAAGAUUCGACUGAUGAUACUACAAGAUUAAGGAAAAUCACCGAGAACAGUGAAAACGAGGAUGAAAACAGAAUCAAACGUGAAGACAAUUUUACCAAUGAAAAAUUAGUUUUAAAAAUAUACAAUGGUAUUUGGUUUUGGGGAGAUACGACUAAAUGCUCACUGGAAAUAAAUGAUUUAUCAAUUUAUGCAGGCUCUCUGAACAUUAUCAUCGGUAAAAAAGGUAGCGGAAAAACUUCAUUCUUAUGCGCUUUACUCGAUGAAAUGGUUCAACAAUCAGGAAAAAUCAAAUGGAAGAAAAACUUGAAGUUUGGAUACGUGCCGCAAUCUCCAUGGCUUCUAAACGACACCGUGAAAGAAAACAUAACCUUCGGAUUCCCAUAUCAAGAAAAGCAUUUCGCUAGAAUAAUACAAAUGUGCGCCUUGAAUGCCGAUAUAAAUUUAUUACCGAGUAAUCAACACACGAUUAUAGGAGGUCGCGGAGUCGCAUUAUCUGGAGGACAGAAGCAAAGACUUAUGAUUGCCAGGAUGCUGUAUUCCAAACCGGAUAUAAUAUUAUUGGAUGAUCCAUUUUCAUCUUUAGAUACGAAAGUCAGUAACCAUAUUUUUGAAAACUGCGUCAAAAAAUAUCUCAUCAAGCAAAAUAAAACAGUCAUAAUGACAACGACUCAUAAAAAAUUUCUGCCUUUUGCUGAUCAGAUUAUUGUAAUGGAAAACUGUAAAUUGAAAAUAGCCGGUACGCUAACAAAAAUUGUAAAAGUUGCCUCGGAAGAAAUCCAAGGUUUAGAUGAGCAAAACACCAAGAAAUUAUUAGCUCCUUGUCUAAGCAUAGCUGAAGAAGAAAAACAACACCGCAGCUCUAAAGGGUCAUUAUUUGUUCCUUUGAAAAGAAGACGUAGUACAUUAUCAGGUUCUCGAUAUUUUACCCAUGAUUUACCACUCCCAGUUGACGAUUGUGAAGUGUCCAACACCACUUUAUUACAGAAGAGAAAGCGAUCUAGAGCGGCUACCGUCACUGAGUAUCCGAAUUCUCCAACGUUACACAGGACAGUAUUUAGAGUAUCUUCUCUGCAAACCAAUCAUACGCAACAGUGUUCGAAAAAGAAUAAAAAAAGAAACGAUAUCGACGAUAUGAUUAAUUCAACCAGGCAUCAGUCCACUCAGUCCACGGUAUCCGAUUUCAGUGCUGAUUUUGAAGAUUACAGUGACCAAUUUUUGGAAUCAGCUAAUGAAUUACAUUCUGCAUGGGACAUGAUAAACAGAGAAAGAAAGACGAACAAUAAUAUAAAAAAUUAUAAAAUUUACAUACAGUCUUGUGGAAUAUUUACCGUGGUAUUUUAUUUCAUAUUGACAUUCGGAUGGCAAAUUAUGCGAAUUUUGGCAGAUUUUUGGCUCAGUUACGUUGUUUCAACGUUGAAUCGAAUGGAUUACAAAGAACAAGAAAUACAGUGCUAUUUGUACUUGUACGUGAUGUUUUCAACUAUAGCUCUGACAUUAUCACUUUUUUCAACGGCUGUUGGUCAGUAUGCUGGUUCUAUAUCGAGAAAAUUCCUCCAUCAAAAGAUGCUGACUAAUAUACUGAAAUGUUCCGUUCAAUUCUUCGAUAACACAUCGUUUGGACAAAUAAUUGAUAGAUUUUCCACUGAUGUAGAAAUUAUUGAUAAAAAAAUUUCAACAUCUACACAGCGAUUAAUUCAAUUCCAAUUGUUGUGCCUGUCAGCAAUACUGGUGAACUGCUUUAUCACUCCGUGGUUCAUUAUUUUAGUCAUCCCUAUAACUCUAAUUUAUUAUAUGGUUCAGAGAUUCUAUCGUUGUUCGUACAGAGAACUUCAACAUUUGGAGAAUUUCCUUCGUACUCCGGUAAUUAAUCAUUUUUCUGAAACAUUCAACGGAUUAGAAGUAAUUAGAGCUUUACACCAACAAGGCACCUUCUUGAAGAGCCUAUUCCUGAUGAAUGAUAAACACACGAAUGCGUUCCUAAUACUCAACUCAUCUAAUCGAUGGCUUGGAAUUAUUUUGGAUUACUUGGGCGGUGUGAUUGUAUUCGCAGCAAUGUUAGUAUCGCUGAUUAGUGUUACGAUCAAACCAACUUUGAAAACUUCAACAUUUUUUGGCUUAGCUAUUAAUUAUACCUUACUGAUACCGAUUUAUUUAACGUGGGUGGUGAAAUUCUUGGUGGAUUUGGAAAUUUAUAUGGGAGCUGUUGAACGUAUUCAUCAAUAUGCAAAAAUGCCAGUGGAAAAUUACCUAGAGGAUGCUUCAAGACCAUCCAAUUGGCCUCAAAAAGGCAUAAUUCAAUUUAAAAAUGUAACAUUAAGAUACAAAAGCGAAGGAAAAAGUGUGAUACAAAAUUUAAAUUUAGUCAUUCACUCGGGUCAAAAAGUAGGUAUUUGCGGGCGAACUGGCAGUGGAAAAUCAUCUCUAAUGAUGUCUUUGCUAAAAAUGGUACCAGUCAUUGAAGGAGACAUCAUUCUAGAUGGAGUGAACAUUUCUACAAUACCAUUGCAUCAUUUAAGAUCAAAAGUUUCCAUCGUUCCUCAAGAUAUUAUUUUAUUCAAUGGAACUAUACGACAAAAUUUGGACCUUAAAUGUGAAUUUUCCGACGCCGAGUUAUGGAGGUGUCUAAAACUUGUCAAGAUAAGUGAUACCAUAGCAAGUAUAGGUGGAUUAGAUGCUCACGUACACGAUGGUGGAUCUAAUUUAAGUGCAGGAGAAAAACAGUUGAUUUGUUUAGCCAGAGCUCUUUUACGAGAAUCGUGUUGCUUAAUUUUGGACGAAGCAACGAACGCGUUACAACCAGAGAUAGAAACCGAAUUUCUGAACAUGAUUUUGAAUCUGUUUGAAAAUCGUUCCGUUGUCGUUAUAACGCAUAGAAUAUCCAGUUUACUUUACUUCGACAGAGUUUUGGUAUUGGAUAAUGGAAACUUGGUCGAAGAUGGUUCUCCUAAAGAGUUGAUGAAUAAUGUUGAAAGUCGUUUUUCUAGGAUGGUAAAAAUGUUAUAGAUUCUUAAAAUGGGCUCGUCAAGUUUAAAUAUAAGUUUCAAAGUUA